GUGGAGGAGGGAGGAGGAGAUGGAGGUGUCGCAGACAGGAGUCUGUUUGUAGUUAGUAGUGGGUCUUUAUGACAGGUUGUGGACUGUGGGAAAGUGUGAGGUGUGAGGAGUCCACGCACACGGAGCCCCUCCCGGUCUUAUAAAUACCGGAGACACAUGUGGACCAGAGGACACUCGUCUGCGCGCUGAAGGACGGAAGACAUGGCUCCUGUGACUGAGACCAGACCUGAAAACAAACCCGCAUCUGUGGACAUCAGCAGCUCCAACAAGCUGCGGAAGCUCUCGGUGGAGAAGCUGAGGAGGGACCGGAUCAACCGGAGCAUCGAGCAGCUCAGAGUGCUCCUGAACCGGGAGGAGCCGAGCGGCGGACCGCAGCAGCCCUCCUCCUCCAGGCUGGAGAAAGCCGACAUCCUGCAGCUGUCGGUGGGCUUCCUCCGGCAGAGAGCUCUGCUGGCCCGGGUCGCCCCCAGCUACUCCCGGGGCUUCUCCCAGUGUCUGCAGGAGACGCUCCGGCACCUGUCGCUGCACAGCCCGCUGCAGCCCGCCGACAGGGAGCACAUCAAGCGCUUCUACGUGCUCCAGAGAGCCGCCCUGCACAGGCACAUGUCCGGGGAGCAGGGCCGGCCGAGCGCGGCGAGGAAGCGGUCAAACUCCCGCUCCUCGUCGCGGUGCCACGGCUCUCUGUGGAGGCCCUGGUGACCCCUGGUGUUGUGGUGUUCACGGACAAAGCUGACAGGCUGUUCCCACAGUGUGUUGGUGCUCAGCUGUGCAACAUUUGCACAUUUUCUACAGUGUAGAAGACAAACAGAAGAGAGAGAAGUCUGCUGCCUUUUAUAAAGGCGUGUUAACGUCAUUAUAUACUUCUUAUAUAUACUUAUAUACGUCAUUCCAACUGUUCAUGUGAUUCUAUAUUAAAUAUUACUCAUGUUUAUUCUUCAUCUCAUUUAUUAGUUUCAUUUUCACAUUUUUUGUAUCUGUUCAAAAUGUACCUUAAAGGGAGAUUUGUCAAGUAUUUAAAG